GGAAAGUCAAAAAAAGGAUCCAGAACAGAAGCUACAGCUGUAUUUUCAUUUUGAGAUUACAAUUACAUGCAGUCUUCUUCGAAUCGACUACUAUACUUGUAGUCCAUUGGAGUCACGACAACUGAUGCACGUAUGUAGAUGAUCGACCUAAGCUCUGCAGUGGACGCUGAAGACGCGUACAUCCCUGGUGCUGGAUAUGCUCUGUCGCCUCUCCUCCCUUCCUCAUCCUGGCCUCCAUCAGGUGAGAUGCUGCUCAGUUCGCUCCCCCAAAGUAGUUGGUCAGGCGCGACCUCAAGCUACAAAUGACGACAAGACUAGUGAUCAAUUAGUGCCUCAACAGGCGUCGCCCAGCUCGAACUCCAACCCAAGAGUUGUGAAUUCGCCAAAGACCGUUGGUCAGAGCUCAUCGUAUGGGAGACCCAGCAUUAACUCGUCGUCUGCAUCUUCUGCACGAUAUGGUGCAGUGAAUGGUACAUUUGCUGGUGGAUAUGGCCAACAUCAAGCCGGAGGCACUGUUCCUGCGCCUAGAACUAUGACUACCACCCAAGCACCACUCCCUGCUGCGGCUGCAAAUACACCAGGCAUGCAGCAGAGUAAUCCUGACUUGAACUCCUUGCUAGGUUUGAGUGGAAAGGCACCGAUUCAAGACUACUUGCCGCAGUUGAAUCCAAGUGAAAAGGCUGAAGUGGGCGCUAGCAUUAUGUACAAGCUACAGAACGCAGAGAGCCGUACUGCGCUGAUGACUCUGUAUUUGAAUGCGUUCGAUCGCGGUGUAGAUGACAUGCCAAUGUUGCUAUUGGUUGCGAAACGCUUGCGCUCAGUGGAAGCUGGCAAGCGAAUGUCAGACAUUGCAUGUUUUGAGCGAUUCUGUAAUGCUGUUUCAUGUAGCAAGCACCUCUUUAAGAUACCUCCUAAUGAGCUGCUCAUUGUGUUUCGUAACAUGCGAACAAUGGGGGCAUUUGAGAACUCAGUCAUCGCAUCUCGUCUCAUCGCUGCCGUCCUCCACGUUCUGCCAAACAUUUCUCAGGCGUUUCUGUUAACUCUUCUGAAGACUUUGGCUCACCCGCAAACCAAGCUCCCGCCUGAGCAUCGGGAUCGUGCCUUGGCCAUGGUUAGCAUGCACGUCCGGCAAAACGUUGAUAUUUUCGAUAUGACCGAUGGUGGAGAACGCUAUGCGGAUGUUGUGAAACACCUGAUCGUGCCAUGCAUACUGAUCACCGAAAGCUUUUUACAGAAGUUUCUUUCCACACUAUUGAGGUCUGCUAGCUUGUUGCGUCCAGAGGCAGUAUUCAGUCUUAUCCAGUCAUUGCAUGGUGUAGGCACACCCUUUGCUGAUCAAGCACUCAUGAUAGUUGCAGCUGUGCUUGCCACCCAUGCCUCGAAUCCCGAAUGGCGAAAAGCCGUGGAUGCUGCCAAGUCCCGCAACAUUAAGCUGCCAGCCGUGCUGGUCGAUGUGAAGGCGUUGCUCUCUCAAAGUGGCCCUGAGCUGCUUGCAGAGCUCUCCAAGUCCCGGCCACAAGCGUUGUCAACCACCGAUGCUCGUCAUGUCUUGCUCGCCAUGCGCUCACACGUGGCAGACUUUAGCGUCAGUGAUAUUGCCAACAUCCGUGCGGUUCUCAUCUCGAAUGCCAUGUACUCCUGCCUGUAUGAGGUUGUAGGCGACAUUGUACUGGAGAGCAUUAAGAGCAUCUCUCUGCCGGCGAUGAUUGCCUUCCUGGAGUUGUUCUCCGAGUCUGUGGAAUUGCCACGCGUCGCUAGCGCAGGGAGAGUACACUUCCUGGCUGCGAUGGAAUCCCUGGACGACGCUGCACUCUGUAGAUCAUUCACUACACUUUGCAAGGCCGACCUCUGGAGUGUGGGGUGUGUAGAGCGUGUGUGCAAAGCUGUAGCGGCAUCCCAGUUCUCCGAGUCGUCAGAUGGUGGCGAGCAGUUCAUCACCAGCAUGGCGACAAUCCACUGCACUGAUGUAGCACUGAUGGAGGCGCUUACCAAAGACUAUGUGCUUCCACGCGUGAUCACUUCAAAGACAGUGUCCGCCGACUUGUUGUGUUCCCUCGCCUUAUUGAACGUUGAGAGUGCGGAAGAAGUGUUUGACAUGUUGGCUGUGGGGGAGGUGGAAGUCACGCUGCCAGGUGGUGCUGAGAUGACCGGUGCCAGUGCAUUGCGUGUGCUGCACGCCUGUCAGCUGUAUGGUGUGUAUCCACAGGCACUAGUAGAGCUCUUCCUAUCUAGCAUUGGUGACGCCGCUAUCGGAAAGGAGUACGGCAAAGAUUUCUUAUCGGAUGCGGCGUCCCUGUUUGUGAGUCUGCAGCAACAGGAUAGGAUAGUUGUGGACUUGGCAACAGCAGGUGACAGCCUGGCACGCUUCUAUCCGACUUUUGAGAAAGAGUGCCUCAAGUACAUGUCGAAACCUGGAGACAGGGUCACCCAGAUACGGCAUGCACUACAAGUACAACUGAAGAAUGAGGAACUCGUAAACCUGGAGUCGUUCUCCCGCUGUGGUGACUUCUUCGCGGCUGCAUUGAUGUAUGACCAUCAUGCGCUGAGGUUUAUCCCGUGUCGGCAGCACGGUGUUCUCAACCCGGAGUCACUCAUGGAGAGGAAUGUGGCGAGCAGUGCGGAUGCGAGGCACGUUGCCGUUGUUGUCGAUGCGCCCGGUGCGAUAGCGCGCAACGUUGACCAUGGCCUUGGCAGAUCAACACAGCUCUACCGGCGCUUGAGCCUGCUCGGCUGGUCGGUCAUACGGGUGAAGGAAUCACAAUGCGAGACUGUGCGACAAACCAACGCGAUAGUUAGCCGCUUACUUGCAAAGUUCAUCUCGGAGUCGUACCGCCAUACUGCGCAGGAGACCGUGCACAUUGAGGAGAGUUCAGAGAAAGUGAAACCCCUGUCACCGAUGAAAGCCGAGCACGAUUUAAAGCGGCCGUCAUUGGAUGCGCUGGACCGGCAUGAGCUGGUUACCCACAACACGACACUGAAGAAUAAGCAAUUCGUCAGCCUGAAGAAGUUCAUGCUGCAGACGUCGCUGUCGCGCCCGUGGAAGUACUAAGUGAGAGUACUUAUGGAGAAGUCCGGGUGGCGAUUACGUGGAUCAAGCAAGUACCCUUGUGCUUCCUCCGCCACCGCUACUGCCAUACCGUGUACACAGUCAACACAGACGGGUUUGUUGCGCGUAGCAUGUUGAACAAAUAUCUGUGACAGAAGCAGCAAUGCGUAUACUUGCAGGCCCGCUACAAGGUUAAUUUUAAGACUUGAAAAGUGCUCGCUAGGCUAACAGCAAGGUAAAACGCAGCACACAAAAAGAUAGAAAUUUGUGCAAUCAUUUGAGCGUGACGAAACAGUGUGCAGUGCAGGCUAAAUCGCAUGCAGUUAUCUUUGAUUGAUAGCAAACCAAAACAAUUCAAACGUUUUUUCAUAUUAUUAUUACUUUUUAAUUCUGAUACUACUGUACUCAUCUUUGUCAAUAAAUUCGUGCUUUUCACUGCUCAAAGAUAUGAGUGUGUUGUGUGUAAAAAAUAUCAUGACUUUGUAACGUGAGAACUGAACUGUUGAACUGU